AUGUCCAGUCUGUACACACAUCAGAGAUCUCACACAGGGGAGAAGCCGUAUUCCUGUCCUGAGUGUGGGAAAUAUUUUUCAGAGAAGUCCAGUCUGCACACACAUCAGAGAUCUCAUACGGGGGAGAAGCCGUAUUCCUGUUCUGAGUGUGGGAAAUGUUUUUCACAGAAGUCCGUUCUUUACAGACACCAAAAAUCUCACACAGGGGAGAAGCCGUAUUCCUGUUCUGAGUGUGGGAAAUGUUUUUCACAGAAAUCCAAUCUGCACAAACAUCAGAGAUUUCACACAGGGGAGAAGCCAUAUUCUUGUCCUGAGUGUGGGAAAUGUUUUUCAGAGAAGUCCAGCCUGCACACACAUCAGAGAUUUCACACGAAAUGUUUUUCAGAGAAGUCCAGCCUGCACACACAUCAGAGAUUUCACACUGGGGAGAAGCCAUAUUCUUGUCCUGAGUGUGGGAAAUGUUUUUCAGAGAAGUCCAAUCUUCAUAUACAUCAGAGAUCUCACACAGGGGAGAAGCCAUAUUCCUGUCCUGAGUGUGGGAAAUGUUUUUCACAGAAGUCCAGUCUUCACAUACAUCAGAGAUCUCACACAGAAUGUUUUUCAGAGAAGUCCAGUCUGCAGAAACAUCAGAGAUUUCACACUGGGGAGAAGCCGUAUUCUUGUCCUGAGUGUGGGAAAUGUUUUUCACAGAACUCCAGUCUUUACACACAUCAGAGAUCUCACACAGGGGAGAAGCCAUAUUCCUGUCCUGAGUGUGGGAAAUGUUUUUCACAGAAGUCCAGUCUUCACACACAUCAGAGAUCUCACACAGGGGAGAAGCCAUUUUUCUGUCCUGAGUGUGGGAAAUGUUUUUCAGAGAAGUCCAGUCUGCAGAAACAUCAGAGAUUUCACACUGGGGAGAAGCCAUAUUCUUGUCCUGAGUGCGGGAAAUGUUUUUCAGAGAAGUCCCAUCUGCACAAACAUCAGAGAUUUCACACAGGGGAGAAGCCACAUUCUUGUCCUGAGUGUGGGAAAUUUUUUUCAGAGAAGUCCAGUCUGCAGAAACAUCAGAAAUCUCACACAGGGGAGAAGCCAUAUUCCUGUCCUGAGUGUGGGAAAUUGUUUUAA